UUAUGGCAUUUAUCAAUGUCUUAUUCUGCAAAAAACACUAAAAACACAGCUGUGAAUUAUAUUUGUAAAACUUGCAACUAUAUUAAAAAUCGACAUACAUCGUUCAAGAUAACUUUCCUGUUUUCAUUCUAUAUAUUAUUACACGCUGCAGUUGCAGGCAAACAUAGAAUCAAUCAUGCCCAAGAGGAAGUAUUAGAACCUCCAAACCCUACUGAACCACUACCGCCAUCCCCUUCCAAAUUGGGCCGCUUUACUAAAAGCGCAGUAUGUUUGGAUGGUGCCCAAUGCGUGGACAUCGGAAAAAGAAUUUUAUUGAUGAAUGGUUCAGCUGUAGACGCCAUGAUAGCAGUGAUGCUUUGCAACGGAAUGGUGAAUAUGCAAAGCAUGAGUCUCGGAGGAGGAUUUUUUAUGAUUAUUUAUAAGAAAGAUGAAAGCAAAAUUUAUGUUAUUAACGCUAGGGAAACAGCACCGCUUAGAGCGAGGAAUACAUUGUACCAAAAUCAACCAGAUGCCACUUCAGUUGGACCGUUAUCAGUAGCCGUUCCUGGAGAAUUAAAAGGAUACUACGCUGCGCAUCAAAAAUUCGGUAGGCUUCCGUGGAAAGUUCUCGUUAAACCAACCAUAGAUUUGUGUGAAAACGGAUAUAGUAUGACGAAUCAUCAAUACAAGUCAUUAAAAUUACGUAGACAACAUCUAUCGACAGACAUAAAUUUCCAAGAAUGGUUUCAGGAUAGCGAAGGAAAUUUUAAACCUCCUGGAUCGAGAAUUAUUCCAACUAGAUUGUGUGAAACCCUUAGAAUUUUAGCUGAUAAUGGACCCAAUGAUUUUUAUAUAGGAGAUAUAUCAAGAUUGGUGCUGGAGGAUAUUAAAGAAGCGGGUGGAAUCAUUACUGAGCAAGAUUUGAGGGAUUACGAAAUAGAAUGGGAAGAACCUUACGAGCUAACUCUAAGAAACGGCGAUACUCUAUACUCAGUCCCACCUCCUGCUUCAGGUGCAAUUCUUGCCUUCAUUUUGAACACCCUCGAAGGUUACAACUUUACCAGAGAUAGCAUAGAUGAUACCAGUAACACUGUCACUACUUUUCAUCGAAUAAUCGAGGUAUUCAAAUACGCUUACGCGAAAAGAACAGAAAUGGGCGACCCAAAGUUCGCCAACAUCAAGGGUUUACUCGAAGAAAUCGCUUCAAAAACGUUUGCGGAAAAUAUUAGAAGGAAAAUCAAAGACGGCGAGACUAGAACGGAUCCAGAAUACUACGGAGGGGAAUUUUUUGAAAACCUUACGGACCACGGAACGUCGCAUUUGAAUCUGGUUGCUCCAGAUGGUGAUGCAGUAUCCGUAACUAGCUCGUUAAAUAUAUUCUUCGGAGCAGGAAUGACCUCCAAGCGAACAGGUAUAGUUUUGAACAGCCAAAUGGACGAUUUCUCCUACCCUUGGAAGAUAAACUAUUUCGGUCUACCUGGCUCACCCAGUAACCAAAUGCGUCCUGGAAAACGUCCUUUGUCAUCAAUGUGCCCCACCAUCAUCGUAGAUAGUGAUAAUAAUGUUAAACUCGUUGUUGGUGGGGCUGGAGGAAGCCAAAUCACAAGCUCAGUUGCAUUGACCUUAAUCAGAAUGCUUUGGUUUGGAGAUACUAUAAAAUCGGCUAUAGAUGCGCCUAGAAUCCAUCACCAGUUAGUUCCAAUGGAGGUGAAUUACGAAUAUGGUAUUUUGGAACAAGUUGUUAAUGGAUUGAAGGCUAUUGGACAUAUCAUGAAGAAGGGGGUAAAGUCUAACGUGUGUGGUUUGCAUGUUGAUAAGAAUUAUGUUUAUGGAAAUGCUGAUUUUAGGAAAGGUGGGGAUGUCUUGGGAUUUGAUUGAUUACAGAUGUAUAUAGUAAGCAGUUUGGUUG